UUCCCGGGGUUCGGGCGCAUUGUGUGAUUCGAUAAAGAGAAAAACAAGAAAAAAAUACAUUUCUUGAAAAACGACAAAAUUAUCAAUAUGGUUGUUGUGUUCACGGAAAUAUCUAGCUAGGUAGUUACCUAAAGCAUCGUGGGACCGUGGACAACAACAGGAGUCCGGACGGCGGCACGCAAAACUGCAUUGCCUGCUUCAUGAGUAAAUGUAGCCUUACCCACAUCAACCUGGACCCCAUACACAUGCUAAAGCAGGUGGAUUGGGUUUUGGAAAACAGUGUUCCCAGGUCACCUGUGGAGGUCGAGCAUGGCUCAAGGAUUUAACACUUGUUUUCGGAACCUUCCGCCAUUGUCGUCGGAUUCAAGGACUUUGAAUGUGCCUUUGGAUUCUGAAGAUAGUUUGGCGCACCACCUUGAAAGCCUCAUUGAACAUAAUGACCUUUCCAACACCGUGGUUUCACCGGAAAACAUUUCCUCAGACUUGAACUUGAGUUCAAACUUUUUCUCAAAUUCCAAUACUAGUUCUGAUUUUGUACAACAGAAAUACUAUGAUGACGUCGUUUGGCAAGAUGAGGGUCAACCAGUACAUCAUGAAGAUGACGAGGAAAAUGAAUGUGCAUGGAAGAGCCCAGAGACCAACACAGGUUCCCCAGAAAGCAUGUCUACAACAGAGAGUGAGGUAGAAGAGGGUCAAGAUGAACCACCAGAGAAGGAAAAGGAGACAUUCAUGAUGCAAGAGAAUAAAUACUCAGAGACCUCCGGUGCUCCAGAAAGCCUAUCUGUUUCAGAGGACGAGGGAGAAAAGGAUCAUCUGGAUGGAGAAGCACAUGAGAAAGAUGAGACUUGCAUGGAUCAAGAUGAUCAACACACAGACUCUCCCUCAGGUGGUGAAAAAAGUUUGACUGCCUCAGUGAAUGAGAGAAAAGAGGAACUGGAUGAUGAAGCACAGAAUGCGGAAGAGGGAUGCAUGGAGGAAGAGGAUCGGUACUCAAAUGUCAGUAGCCUAGAGGGCCAAAAUGAAGGAACCAUCGUUAGUGAGAGCUUUAAAGAGGAAGAGCAUUCAUUAUCCCAAGGAACUAUGGACUCGCAGGGUAUCGAUGCAUCCAAUGCUCAAGAUUCUGCUCACAAGCUGAAUGAUAAUACCUGUGCCUUUGAAUAUCAGGAUUCAGUUAAGGAUAAUGACUCUUUAAAUGUUGCUGGUCAAGAAAAUGGAAAAAGUUCCUCUGUCAUUUGUGGAUUAGGCCUAGGGGGUAGCAAUCAAACGUUUGAGUCUUGUUUGGAAUUUCCUGAAAAUCAAUCGCUGAAAACUAGAUUUCAGGAGAUCGUUGGUAGUGGCACUCAAAGUACAAACUCAACCUAUGAGGAAAGUGCAAGUGAUUCCCUUCGUGGAAGUGGAGGGAAAGAGGAUCACAGUAGCUUUGAUUUUUUGGAGCGUUGUUUAGGUCUGAACAACUUUGGAAUUGAACAGAAGUCCUGUAUUGAAAAUGAGUGGCUAAGACCUAUCGACGAGUCAAAUGUAUCGUCUUGUUUGGAAGAGGACCAGGCAUCCCAACAGAACCUAAUGCGCCAUAUCGAGCCACCAGACCUUGUGAGAGCUGGUCUUGAAAACACAAGAGAGACAAUUCGUAAAGUAUUCACAGCAGAUGAUGAGCAAGAACCCCCAGUGCUAAGUGAAUGCUACGGUGAACCAUUGUCAGGAGAAGAUUGUAUGAGUGACACAGAGGGUAAUCAGGAAAGGGGGGAGACCGGGUCUAUUGAUUCCACUGAGUUGAACCAGGAGGGAGGAGAUUCAACUAUUGAUAACAUUGAAGACGAGAGGGAUUUUGAGGACCAAGCAGCUCAGUUGAAAUCUUCACUGUAUAUGAGGAAAUGCAUGCACCCUAUUGUACUGCUCAGGAACUCUGAACUAAAAAAUGACACCGGUGGGGCUUAUCAGUGUGCAGCAUGCCAAAAGGCUACACAAAGUAUAGACCAUCUAAUUGAGCACCACCAUUGUAACCACUCUGAGAACAAAUUCAAUUUCUGUCAGACCUGUGGUACUUACAUGACAUGUGAUUCACUAGCCAAGAAACAUCAGUGUGGUAUUAUUGAUGAAAAUGCACAACUCUCUUCUAAUAUGAAACCACAGAAGAGAAAAUCAACCGGGCAUCCUUUUCACAAAUGUAGAUACUGCACACAUACAUUUGACAGACUCUGUGAUUACAACAAGCAUGUGCAGAGGCACUCGGGUAGAACUGAACAUGAGUGUCAUAGGUGUGGCUAUAACUUUUCACAAUCUCGUAGUCUGAACAGACAUUUACGUGAAAAGAAAUGCCAGCGUCGAAGUUCACAAGUUCCUGUUAAACAGAUUCAAACAACCCCACGUAUCAGCAUUUACAAAAAGGGAACUGUACAUCCAUAUGUCCUCCCACCAGACAGCCCCUAUGCCAAUCUUCCAGAUUGUUUUGUGAAACUAGUGGACAUUUGCAAGGAGCAUGUUUGUCGUCUUUGUGGGAAAAGCUUUGCAAGCAGUGCAAAACUCUACAAGCAUGGAUACAAUGUACACCAUACAAAAACCAGGUCCUAUAAGGUUCGGCCUAAGUGUCAGAACACAUACAGGUCAUAUAAGUGUCAGAAAUGCCUGAUGACAUUCAAUUAUUCAAGCAAUUUUAGCAGGCACAAGAAAAGAUGCAAAGGAGCUGACAUGAAUGAGAAAUUCAAGUGCCCUCUUUGCCCACGCCUUUUCAAAUAUUCCUACAACCGGUCCCGCCAUUUGCGUGAGCAGUGCAUUAAAGACUUUACACAGGGAAUCUCAGGGAAAGUUGACAUGAAAUUUCGAUGCCCCUUCUGCACCACCACCUUUACUAAUGCUUCUAACCGACAUAGACACAUACGACUGGUGUGCCUCAAGGAAUAUAUACACAAUGAGACUUCAAGGACCAAAGCUGAACGCCAGGAAAACAUGGCCCAGAAAGAAUCACAAAAGCCGCCACUGAAAACAGCACUGAAUCAAAAUGAGCCGGGUCUCAAAUGCAACUACUGUCCGGCCGUUUUUGCUCAUUCUUCUGGAAAGUACAGACACAUGAGGAAACAUAAGUUGUUUGAAAACACUGGAAAAAAGAUCAAGUUCAGGUAUUCAAGCCUAGUUCCCAUUUCUAACAAGUCCAAGGCUAUUAUUGAGGAGCCCAAAGACGGUCCACUCUCCAGUGAAGUCAGCAGCCAGCCCUUUUCCUGUCUCUUCUGUGGAAAAUGGUUCAACACUUCAUAUUCCCUGAAGAAACACAUCUGUAGUAUGCACAUGGGUGAGAAACCAUAUCGCUGCCUGGAAUGUGGGAAACGUUUUGGGAAAGAAAUCCAUCUUGUUGCUCACAAAAAAGUGCACCAGCGAAGGAUACAGUGUACUGUUUGCAAGAAGAUACUUCCUAGCAUUGGGGACUUGAUUCAACACAGCCAAUCUCACAUCAAAAAGGGCAUGCUUCAGUGCCCAGACUGUCCAUCGCAGUUCCAGUACCCAGUGCAUCUUCUUCGACAUAUGGCAUCACAUCACAAACUUCAGCAAGAGCAGCCACUCAAAGAGAAAAAACAGAGGCACCCCUCAAAAUUUGAGCCGCUUGGGUCCUUGCCACCAGUCAAAGAGCGGGAAGGGGGAGAAAAGUUGGGGUGCCCCAUAUGCCCAGAGGUCUUUCACAGUGGCACAGAACUGAGUAGUCAUUGCCUAAGCCAUGUAUCUGAGUCCUCUUCAAGUCAGUGUCUGUUUUGUAAACGCCUCUUCUCUUCCCGCACAUCUUUGGUGCGUCAUAUACGCAUUCAUACAGGGGAGAAACCAUUUUCUUGUCAGAGUUGUGGAGAAUCUUUUCGUCGAAAAGAAUAUCUCCAGUUGCACCAAGAAAAGUGUCCAGGUCCACAAAGCAAACAAGAACUGCCCACUAUCAAAGAAAGUGAAGAUGUCUCAUCAAAAUCUUUGGUGACAAGAAUAAGGAAAGUAUACAAAUGUUCAUACUGUCCUCGGGAAUUUGACAAAUUGCCCCGUUUAUUACUGCACCACAAUGGCCACAUGCAAAAUACAGUAACCCCCUGUCCAAAAUGUGGUAAAUGUUACAGACAAAGGCGCAAGUUACAUGAAAGACUUUGCAAUGGCUCAAACAUAAAAUCUAUAGAGCCAGUGAGCACUGUCUGGCAUCCUUGUAGGAAUUGUGGGAGGAAGUUUUCAAGAGAUUAUAAUCGAGAUGUCCAUGAGAGGAUUUGCAACUCUGUAAAGCCCUUGCAAAAAAACACCAGCAAUUCUGGCAACUCAAACAUGCAUCCUUGCAGGAAUUGUGGAAAGUACUUUACAAGGAGUGAUAAUCGGAAUUUCCAUGAGAAGACUUGCAACUCUGCCAAGCCCUUGCAAAAAAACACCAUAGAAAUUAGGACAAGUAGCAGGGACAAGUUGCAGCACAAAUGCCCCCACUGUCCAAGCAAGUUCAAGUACAGAAGUUUUCUCCUGAGACAUAUUGGGUCACACACUGGAGAAAAAUCAUAUCCAUGCAUGCACUGUGGUCACAGCUAUGUAAUCCAGUUACGAUGCUUACAGCAUGAAGCUUUCUGUGAUGGUGUUAAUAGACAAAAGCCACCAAGCACCAGCCUUGGUGAAUAUAAGUGCAAUAUCUGCACAAAAAUCUUCAUGAAAUCCCGAAACUUAAGGCGGCACAUCCUAACUCACACAGAGGUAAAGCCAUAUCGCUGUAAGGCCUGUGACAGCUGUUUCUCCAGACAUGAUCAUCUAAAACUGCACCAGAGUCGCUGCAAAGGGAAAAGACAACGUUUAGAGGUUCGCAUUGCCAAAAUUAGUCUUGCAGAUGUUGGAAGGGGCUGGCAAAAUAACCUGAACAUUACCGAUUCAGGAAAGCAACAAGGGUUUGUCUGCAGCAUAUGUUCAAAGAUCUUCCCCUCUCACAGCAUUAUGUCCCGACAUAUUGCCAUGUCACAUGCUAUAAGAACCGUCAGUUCAUUUACUCAUGAAAAAUCACUUAAGAGACAUAUAAACAUUGGUGCAUGUCAAAGAUUUUACGCAAAAACAAAGCUUUCAGAAAAGCUAAAUGUUACAAGCCCACCAUCUAGAGAGACAAACCGACUUCUACAGAGGAUCCAACUGCAAUAUAAAGACAAACGCAAAUUCAAAUGUACCUUUUGCCCUCGCCUUUUCAAAAGUGGCGAGCAAUUGAGGGUGCACACCCGCUUGCAUACAGGGGAGAAACCUUUUGGAUGUUCUAAUUGUGGUGAAAGAUUUAUCCGUAGGGACUACCUGCAGCGCCAUUUGAACAGGUGCAAAUGGGAACUUCUUGAUAGAGUGCUUUGUGACAGAUGUGGCAACGUAUUUUUGCCAGACGAACUCGAGAAGCAUCAACUGACAUGUGUUGUCAAGUGUAAAUCACCUGCCCGUAGUCGAACUGAGUCCACUACUCGCAGUCCCCCAAAAGGGUUCUCCUGUGCUAAUUGCAGUGCCCGCUUCCUGCUGUUCUCACAGCUCCAGCAACACUUUCUCAACACACAUAGAGACAUUCCAACAAAUCAGGCUUCACCUUUACAGGAGCAGUUGUCUAGCAUGGUGAACAUAAAAGAGGAGCCUAUGGAUGAAGGAUAUGGUGACACUUGGCAGAAUAGUGAUAACAAUCUCAUGCUUGAUCAAGACUGUGAUCCAAACUAUAUGAACAAACCCAUUAAAUGUCCACAGUGCAACUUGCACUUUGGAAAUAAGGGUGGACUUUCUGGACACAUGCGUACACAUUUAGGAGAGUACCCAUUCAACUGCAAGAAAUGCAAUAAAGGCUUUUGGAACAAAAACUUAUGUCGGAAACAUGUAAGGAAAUGUAGACUUGUAAAGGUCAUGAAGGAAGAAGUUAACACUGACUAUGUAAUUACUUCAGAGCUAGAUCCUACUCUUAAAGAGACUGUCCUAGUCUUCAACCAAGGUUACAAAACAACAGGCACUGGGGUAUUGCAGACUAAUUUCUCCUGCAAAGAUGACUUGAAGGAUUUAACACUGCAGAAUUCCUCUGGAAAUCAAGGCAAAGGAAGAUCUUCCCAUGAUAGAAGACAUAGUGGUCAACAAGUCCCAGGCAACAAGUACCAAUGCUCAGAGUGUGAUAGAAGUUUCACAGAUGGGCUUCUGCUCAUCAGCCAUUUAGAGGACCAUGGGCGCGAGGAGCUAGAAAGAAAAAAGAAAUUCUGCCAGCCUUGUGGUAAGACGUUUGCUCAUCCUUCAGACCUAGCAAGGCAUAUGAGAGGCCACUGGAAUGAGAAGAUAUUUUCUUGCCCACAAUGUCCACAGACUUUUCCCUGCCCUUCUGACCUUGACAUCCAUAGAACUUGUCAUGACUCAAAUAGACCAUUUGUCUGCAAAGAGUGUCAACAAAGGUUUUGGACCAGUCAAUCUUUAGAAAACCAUCAAAGCCAAGCUCAUUCAAAAGAACUAAUUCAUACAUGCCAUGUCUGUAACAAGAACUAUUCAAUCAGAAGUUCACUUGUUAAACAUAUUAGGAUGAAGCAUCAAACCCAGAAGAACAUGGAUGUUGUUAUCCACGUGAAGGAAAAGGAGACAGCAGUGCAAGAUAAAUUUGACAUGGACGUUGAUGUGGAUGGAGGAAGUAAUGCAAGUAAUGAUGAAGAUGAAAAUGAUGCUAAUGAGGACAAUGACUCUGACUCUGCAGACUACUUUCCCUGCCAUGUCUGUGGGAAAACGUUCACCACAUCAGAAAGCCUUGAGGAUCACCAACGCUGUCACCUCGGUGAAAAACCUCAUGAGUGUGCAGAAUGUGGAAAAUGUUUUUUCCAGGCAGGGCAACUGCAACAGCACCUUCGGAGCCACAAGUCUGAGUAUCAGUGUCAAAUAUGUGGCAGAGGCUUUGUCUCACUCUUUGCCUUACGCAAACACAAGCAUACUCAUGGAAAGAGCCGUCAACACCGUUGCUCCAAGUGCCCGCUCAGCUUCACAGGACCCUCGCAGCUGGCAGAGCACAUGGGCACCCACCGCGAUGACAAUUUCCCUUGUGAUAUAUGUGAUCGCACAUUCUCCUGCAAGAUGAGUCGGGCAGAGCACCGGAAAAUCCACACUGAGACAGAGGAU